AUCUGAGGAGCUUUCGCUCUGGUCAGGCAGCGUUAGCUCCGCCUCCUCAUCAAACCGCACCUCCUGGCCUCAGACUGCUUGCUAUUGGUCUAGGUGGAGUGAGUCUGUCAAUCAUUCCAGCGAUGACACAGAGGGAGGAUAGGCUGGCAACCGGGUCCCGGACCCGAACAUUGAGGUCUGCUGCUCAGCUCUGGCGUCGUCGUGCAUGUUGCAGCUGUGUAUCUGAGCGCGCCUGACACGGUAAGCGGAGUGCUGCCCCGUCCCCUCCUCUCUCCCUCUGAUAAUGCCAGUGCCGAGUGCUGGCCCCGCCCCCUACCUGUAUGCCUUCUAAAUUGAUUUCCGCCUCCCGGUGACGGGGAAAUGGGACUCUGAUACGUCAUCGCCCGGCGCUGUUUCCAAGCCGCGUUACUAAGGGCCUGGUCGCAGUUUUGUUGACGUCCGAGCAUUCGACUGGAAUCGGCGCGAAAACACAGGGAGGGAGACUGGAUCUGUCCGUGUGACUGGAGCGGGGCAGCAGGUGACAGCGGGAGGAGCGGAGGCGCCGGAAUGGGGAUCCGUCAUAGACUGACAGGCGAGACUCUGCUAUAACAGUAUGGCUGCUCUGCCGCAAAACAAUCUCCAGAAGCAGCUGGAACUGUUCUCUACUAAGGUGACUGGGAACAAGCUCUCACUGCAUAAGUCUAAACCUAGUGUUUUUACAUUUAAAAAGAGAAGUUCCCCUGAUGGAUCCGUGUCUACUAGUUCAAUUCAGACAAAGCAGCAAUUGUCACAAAAAGAUAAAAAUGUUAAUAUUGCGCAAGAAGUGCAUUUCUCGAAAAACCACCUAACAUCUUCAAACUUCAAGAAAAAUGGCAUAGUCAAGGGAGUCUUCUCUCCAGUCUGCAUACAGUCAUCACUUGCUUGUCCAUCACUGAUCUCUGAGAAACUUAUUCUGGCAAAUGGCCACAAGACCAGUGAGCAUAUUGCACAAGAAAACCCUUGUCCCAAGAAAACAGACUGCAAUUCCUCUCUCAGCUCUGUUAUCAGCCUGGAGGAAUGGGAUGAUAUGAAUGAUUUUGACACAGAUGUGUCUCCUCCCAAGAGUCAGAUUAGGAAAUGUGGUAGAACACCACAGAAAUGCAGUGAAACACAAACUGUGAUUUCUCCCAAAUCGCCAUACCUUGAAAUAGCACCCUCCAUAAACACAGAGAAUGUCAAGAACUCUAAUGCAAAUAAGUUUGUGGCUAAUCCGUUGGACAGUGUCCUUACUGAAGUUAGUAUGGAUUCUGUUGUGUGUACAGAUGAAUGCACGAAAGAUGCCAAUGUAGAAAUAUAUGAUGGAGACCUUGAUUCAGAAACCACAGAAGGGAUAAAAACAAUAAUAGAGGAUGAGUUUGAUGCUGAUUUUAUUCCACCCUCUCCAUCAAAUAGCAGUGUGUCAUCUCCACCAGUGCUCAGAGGUAUUUGUUCAUUGAAGAAAUUGUCAGUUUCCUCUGGGACAGAAAAAGAGAGUGCUCCUGAAGUUCUGGCCGAGCAGUGCGUCUCCUCGCAGGCAGGGUGCAAUGUGUCCCCUGAGCUCUGGACAAUGAUGUCAAAGAUCUGUGACUUAGUCGAUAAGAUUCCAUUGUCUGAGCUGCAGCUGCUGACUUGUGGGAAGGAGCUUCAGAAGCAGAGGGAAAUGCGCAGAAAACAUUUUUUGUCAAGUGACUCGGUGUUGAAAACUUCGGCUGUAGGAUUACCUGUGUUCUCCCCAUGCCCAUCUUCUACCAAAACAAGUGAUUCUUCACAGAUCUCUUUGCGUACCCCAACUGUAGAUACUUCAUGUCAAGGACCGUUGGGGAAUGUUUUUAGAUUUAACUCAUUUGCUGCUACAGACAAGCUAAAAGCAAAAAGCCAAGAAAGUUCUGUGGAUGUAGGCACCAAGUGUGGGCCCCAAACGCAGCCUAAAACACAGUUUUCCUUUAAACUGUCUGACUCCACUAUAAAAGAUUCAUCCAGUCUCCAGGACUCUGUUUUCACUGUUAGCCAAUUCAACACACCACACAAUGAGAAACCAAUUACUUCCAGCACAUGUGCCAGACCUUCUAUUCAUCCCCCAAAGACAUUGAACAAUGAUGAUGACCUAGACUUUAAUAUUGACAACUUUGAUAUUGAAGACUUUGAUGAUGAUAUCCAGUGCAUAGACAGCCCUAUAGCACCACCUGUUGGCAAAACUGUACCAUCACCAUAUCCUACGAUAAGGGAAGCACCUUCAGUUAAAAAGUGCAGCAGCACAGCUUCUUUAAAGAGCCCUAUUAGAACCUCUCAUCCUUCUGGUCUAUCAGAUUCCCUUCUAAAGCCCCCACUAGAGAACCCAGCUCACGAGCGUUUCCGGGGCUUCAACUUUCCCCACUCCAAAGAAAUGAUGAAGAUUUUCCACAAAAAGUUUGGGUUACAUCGCUUCCGUACCAACCAGCUGGAAGCUAUAAACGCCUCGCUGUGUGGGGAGGACUGCUUCAUUCUCAUGCCAACAGGUGGAGGGAAGAGUUUGUGUUACCAGCUUCCUGGUUGCCUGUCUCCUGGCGUUACUAUCGUAAUCUCUCCCCUCCGUUCCUUGAUAGUUGACCAGGUUCAGAAGCUAACUUCUCUGGAUAUUCCUGCCACUGCUCUCACAGGGGAUAAGACGGAUUCAGAAGCAUCCAGUAUUUACUUGCAGCUUUCCAAAAAGGAUCCGAUUAUAAAGCUUCUGUAUGUCACGCCGGAGAAGGUAUGUGCGAGUGCCAGGGUUAUCACCACAAUGGAAAAUCUGUACGAGCGUAAGCUGUUGGCAAGAUUUGUCAUUGACGAGGCUCACUGUGUAAGCCAGUGGGGUCAUGAUUUCCGGCCAGACUACAAGAGGCUGAACAUGUUGCGUCAAAAAUUUCCUUCUGUUCCAAUGAUGGCUCUCACUGCAACUGCGAAUCCACGUGUACAGAAAGACAUUCUGAACCAGCUAAAGAUGACCAAGCCUCAGAUAUUUUCAAUGAGUUUCAACAGGGUCAAUCUCAAAUAUGAAGUUUUGCCAAAGAAGCCGAAGAAGGUUGCUCAGGACUGUGUGGAGUGGAUCAAGAAAAAUCAUCCCAAUGAAUCUGGGAUAAUUUAUUGCCUCUCCCGACAUGAGUGUGACACUGUGGCUGACACCCUGCAGAAGGAGGGCCUGGCUGCUCUGGCUUAUCAUGCUGGGCUCAGCGACUCUAACAGAGACUAUGUACAACAGAAGUGGAUCAAUCAGGAUGGCUGUCAGGUGAUUUGCGCUACUAUUGCGUUUGGAAUGGGCAUUGAUAAGCCAGAUGUGAGAUACGUCAUUCACGCCACUCUUCCUAAGUCUGUGGAGGGAUAUUACCAAGAGUCUGGUAGAGCUGGCAGAGACGGUGAGAUGUCCCACUGCCUCCUGUUCUACAGCUACAGUGACGUAACGAGAAUCCGAAGGCUGAUACAGAUGGAAAAGGAUGGUAACAGUCAGACGAAGCAGACACAUUUUAACAACCUAUACAGCAUGGUGCAUUACUGCGAGAAUGUGCUGGAGUGUCGUCGGAUGCAGCUUCUGGCUUACUUUGGGGAGCAUACAUUUAAUCCGAAAUUCUGCAAGGAGAACCAGAGAGUGGCAUGUGACAACUGCUGCAGGACAACGCAAUACAAGUCCAGAGACGUGACAGAUGAGGUGAAGAACAUUGUUAGGUUUGUCCAGGAGCACUGCUCCUCCGGUAAUGGGAGAGGGAAGAAUGCCAAAAGCCGGCUAACUAUCAACAUGAUGGUGGAUAUAUUUCUUGGUAGUAAAACUUCAAAGAUCCAGACUGGUAUAUAUGGAAAGGGAACAAAUUACUCAAGGCACAAUGCUGAGCGAUUAUUCCGAAAACUGAUUCUGGAAAGGAUCCUGGAUGAAGAACUAUAUAUUACAGUGAAUGACCAGGCAGUGGCAUAUAUUAAAAUUGGAGAGCGGGCUCAGACUGUGUUAAGCGGAUUCUCAAAGAUUGAGUUCCAGGACACAGAAAAUGCCAGCAGCCUAAGAAAGCAGAAAACCUCUGUAAUGGCUAGUACUUCAAAGAGGGAGGAGAUGGUCAAGAAAUGUCAGGCCGAGGUUACUGAGCUCUGUAAACGUCUUGGCAAAAUCUUUGGUGUUCAUUACUUCAAUAUAUUCAACACAGCAACCAUACGGAGGAUUGCAGAAUCUUUGUCUCCAGAACCUGAUGUAUUACUGCAGAUUGAUGGAGUCACAGAAGAUAAGCUAGAGAAAUAUGGUGCAGAACUGAUAGAUGUUCUCCAGAAAUACUCAGAGUGGACGCUUCCAGUCGAAGACAUUUCCCAGAAGUCCACUGGGUCCACAAGCCACACUACAAGGAAUUAUGAUACUGAUGAGGAAGAUAGAAGUGGAACUUCCUCUUACUUCAGUUCUAAUAGAAAAACUAGCACAAAGAGGAAAAAUGCUCCUUACUUCCGGAAAUCCAAGAAAAGAAAGACUGGAGGUGAUGGUCAGCAUUCUCGCUCCAAAAGUGGUAACAAUGCUACAUACAACAGGAACAGUGCUUCUUCUGCUAAACCAUCCAGUGGGUAUAACUGUGAUUACAACAGUGGAUCUAAGCCAGGUGCAGUGAAAAAACCUGGGUUCAUGGCACCCCCGAUGCCCCAGAACAAUCGUCGUUUCCUGAAACCCUCCUACACUUUUCUUUGAUAUGGACAUUGCUACAAAACAAGUUAUUUUUGUAUUAAAUUAUUGUACUUUUUUUUUGUUUUUUAUAGAUCCAAUAAUCGAAUGCUAAAUAAAUGUUUUAUCCUGUUAA